AUAGCCUCUCUUGAACUGCGUGCAGAUUUAGUCGAUUAGGAUAACAAACCCAACAAGUGGUAGGGUUAGGGUUUGCCCGGUAAAACAGUAAAACCUCUCUCUGGUUAAAAUAUAUAUACAUAAAAAAAAAAAGAAAGAAAGAGAGGAGAGAGACUUGUGGAUGAGAGAAGGGGCGGUGGAUGAUUUUAUCGCUCUAAUUGUGGUUCUUGGUUCGCUGUCAGGAGACGGGAGGAGUAGAAGACUAGAGAGAGAGAGAGCUUUAGGUUUGGAGAGAUUCUUGCGCUCUGUGGCCUAGCGAUGGGAUAUCCCCGAAUCUCGCCGUCUCCGUCCAUAGCUGUCUCUGCUCGUAUCCUUGGAAAUGGAGAAGAUGUGCACGUGAUCUAGGUUGGUUUUCUCUGCUACCCUCGCAUCUCCAGGACUUUUGAAGUCUCUCCUGAUACCCGGUUCCAUCGCCUGUUUAGUCUUUCGAGUUUCUUGGUUUGGAUUGAGGAGGGGAAGAGGCGGCUGCUGGUGUUCCUGCUGCCAAUCUUGAGGUAAAGGUGCUUCUCUUUGUCGGUCCGAAUCAUUCGAUGACCGACUUACAAGUCAAUCGGCUGCAAGUCGCCUAGGGUCUUCUUAUAUGAAUUCGUUUGUGAUCUUGAGAUCUGGUGCUGCUUGUCGGACUGUGGUUGUGGAGGUGAAGAGUAGGUGAAGUGCUUCAUCCGAAAUAAGGGGUUCUUUUUUGGGAUGGAGUGGAAUACUAAGACUUCCUCACUGUGGGAGUGGGAUAAUCUUGCUGUGUUUAGUGGGAAUUCCAAGCAGGAGCCGCAGACUGGCUGGAAGAUUGAAGUCAAAGGUGCUGGAGGUAUUGAAAAUGGGUCGCUUUUUUCAUCUGGCGGCGGCGGUAGCAGUGGAGGGGGUGCCUGCUCUGGCUCUGAUUUGGGAAAUGGUUCGUCGUCUAAGAGCUCCAUCUCAGCCUCUAUUGAUUCUUCAUCCAAGGCAGGGGUAAAAAUAUCAGAGUUUAACUUUGAGGCGGUGAACAAAGAUUCCAUGAGAGUGCAGGAUGGUGGAUUAUCUGCGGCGGCAGCCGGGUCUCAGGAGGCAUUGAUUGGUCUGAAGCUUGGAAAGAGGACUUACUUUGAAGAUGUCUGUGCAGGGAGCAAUUUUAAGAACCCACCAUCUUCUUCUUCUUCAGUCUCCGUGGCGCCGCCUGCUAGUUUGGUUAAGAAGCCUAGGGUGACUCAGCAGGCUGUGCAGAGUACUUGCUGCCAAGUCGAAGGUUGUAAUUCUGAUCUCAGCGGAGCUAAAGAUUAUCACCGCAAGCACAGGGUCUGUGAGAACCAUUCCAAAUCCCCUAGGGUCAUCGUUGCUGGUCAGGAGCGCCGUUUUUGCCAGCAAUGUAGCAGGUUUCAUGAUUUGUCCGAGUUUGAUCAGAAGAAACGAAGCUGUCGUAGACGUCUUUCUGAUCACAAUGCACGUCGUCGCAAGCCACAGCCAGACACAAUCUCAUUUAAUUCCACGAGGCUUUCUUCACCAUUUUAUGAUGAUCGGCAAAAUUUUCUCUGGAAUCAAGCUCCGUUUGGUCAAAUGAGGCCAGUAACUUCCAUGUGGGAAAGCUCAUGUGACUUCAAAGUUACACAAAUGAAAGGGUCUUGGAUGAAGUCGGCAAAAGUAGAGAGCAUUGAUGGACAGCUCCAUCCGCCUAAUUCUCAGAGAUCAAAUGCCUUUUCAACACUCUGCCAUGAAGUAGACAGGCUCUUGCCUAUGAAGGGCAUCACUGCUGAAGUUAUCAAUCAAGAUAUUAUUAAAAAAGCACAGUUUAGGAUAAUGAUGGUUCCAAAAGGGGGAAAAUAUGUGAUAUCAACAUAGCACUUACAUACUAGACUGGUUUCUUCUCUCUCUUUAGCCUUUUUUUUUUGGAAAAAUUUCUCUCUCUUUAGCAUUUUGAUUAAUCAUUUUAUAAGCAUCCUUGCGAACAUGAGUGAAAAAGAUAUCAAUAACCGCCUUUUGCAGCAUAUUUAGUGCAAGGCAAGUUACACUGGAAGCCUUUAACCUCUGACAAGAUAAAUGGUGUUAAGCGUUAAAGAAGACUCUUUAAUAAGCAUUUAUUGUAAAACUGCAUGCAUUCUUGCUAUGAUUUAAAUUUCAUUUUUGGUGUCAGGAAUGUUAUGGCUGUGACUACUGUUAACUCUAGUUGGUUUUGGCAAUAAGCUUUUUAGGCUACUCGUAAAAUCACCCAGGGCCCUUACAUGCCUAGCUAUGUUGAAUGGACCUGGCUUUCCCAUUGAGUUUCCCUGAGAAAUAAGCUUAAAGUUCUCAAAAAUAAAAUGUGUAAUUCUCAUUUUUUGCUGCAUGGCAUUUGUUAGGAAAAACCAAUCAUGAUCAUGUUUGGCAAGCUUGAACACUCUCUGAUUCCCUUAAUGUCUCACUUCACAGUCUUUGAGACAGGUUUGUUUUUUCUGCUCUCUCCUGAGUUCUGAAUAGUGUAUGUGUGCACGUGCGCACGCAUACAUGCACGCGAGUGUGUAUCCUAUUCUGCCUGAGAAACAGCAUCAUCAUUAAAUUAUGGACCUAGACAAUAUAUCCUGCCAUUAUAAAACAUGAUUGCUUAUUUGUUUCAUGAUCAGUUAGAUCACUUGCAGAUUUUUUCACCUUCUGAAACCUAAGUCUGAUCGUGAAAUUUUUUUCAUUUAUUUAUAAGUCAAGCAGUGACCGACUGAGUGUUGCUAACCUGUUGUGUUAUAAUAAUGUAAGCCUUAGAAGCAAGGUGUGUUGUACUAUACUAAAACCGGGUGGUACAGGGCAUACUAUAUCAUACUAGUUUGGCACCUAUACAUGGUACGGAGGCUUGCCGACAUUCAGUAUGCUGAACCGGUCCUAUACUAAUAUAAUAACAGGUAGGCACCGGUAUGGGGCUUAGUACCAAGAUAGUAAACCUCGCUCGGUAAUUUGCAGUAUAGGCCAGCCAAACACUAGCCAAGAAAAUUCUACCAAUAUUUGCUGGUUUUUUACCUAUAAAUAUAAUCUGUUAAUAUUAUUUAUGUAUAUAAGCAAUGCUUACUGAUGUCAAGUUACCAAUUGGCUAGCUGCGCUUUCUCGGAAGAGAUGUCUGCAGCUUUGGAAGUCUGCUGCAGCAUGCCUUUAGGCAAAUUAGUUGACUGAUAGUUUCCUGCCAUUUUGUCAAAUGUACCAUAAGGUCAUCAUUCUGCAUCAUGGAUGAAUAUGGGUGAUGGUAUGCAUGAACUGUCCAUACCUUAGCAGAUGGAUGUUAUAAAGCCUUUUUCUUGUCUAAUUAGUAGCCAAAAUCAGUUUCGGAAAGUGCAAGUAGUUAUUUUUGCUGUAGUAUUUGUGGUAAUAAUUCAAAUAUUUUACUUUACCGGUAGAUACCUGUUAUCUU